UCAGAUUACGAAGGUAUUUUUAGUAGUUUAAAACUAUAAUUCGAAAAAAUGGCGAGCGUUGAAGUUAAUCCGGAAAAAUAUCCUGGAUUUUCUGGAGUCGGACAUCCAGAGGUAUUUACAACCGUUCCUCCACAGCCGACGGAGAAGAAACCGGGGCAAAUACCGGAGGAGAAAGUGAAAGAAUUCUUUGAAAAUGGAUUCACUGUAGUCGAGGGUUUCUUCAACCCAGAGGAGAUACAGCCGUGCCUGGUCUCGUACAGUCGACUUGUGGACGAAAUUGCACAGAAGCUCUAUGAUUCUGGCAGAAUUAAGAAUUUAUACAAAGAUCUCAACGUUAGCGACAGGCUAAUUGCUUUGGAGAAGGAAUGGCCUGGGGCGGUUUUGCUCCUUCUGAAACUGAACAAACUCACACCUGAAUUUCGGGAUCUUUAUCAGAAUGAGAAGUUACUGAAUGCUAUAGAACAAUUAAUUGGUCCGGAAAUCGGUGCCAGUCCAGUUUGGAACACAAGACCAAAAACACCGGCCCAUAGAGAGACAGAUGUUCCCUGGCAUCAAGAUUCUGCCUACUUCGAUGACGAUAGUUACAAGACGCUGAUAGCAACGGCAUGGGUAGCUUUUGUAGACGCAACGCCGGAAAACGGCUGUAUGCAGUACGUAAAAGGAGGGCAGAAGAAAGGUUUAGUUGUUGUGCACGAGUGUUGUGACAAUUUCUACCUGACGAUCAAAGAAGAGGAACUGGUUGAAAGACUUAGAGCGAAUCCAGAGACCGACUUCAUUACAUGUCCAGUUAAAGCAGGCGGGGUGAUUUUCUUCAGCAAUAUGGUCCCCCACAGAAGCGUUCCUAAUCGUUCGGACCACAUCCGGUUUGCGAUGGAUCUACGCUAUCAGUCUCCAAACCGACCGUGGGGUUUCUUCGGAAAGAGUUCAGGAAUCCUACUCAGAUCUCCUUCCAAGCCAGACCAUGUACCAGACUGGGAGUUCUACUCCACACAAGGAAGAUAUGAUAUCAUUAAGGAUCUUGUUGUAGAAAAAACGGGCAAGGGAGAGAAAAACGACGAAUUUGACACAACUCUUAACGGACCACACAUGGAUCGCUGGAAAAUCGUCAACCACAGUGUACAUACAGAAGCUUAUUUCAAAGGCAAAGCAGACGAACAAAAGGCAUAGAAAAAUGAACAGAUAGUGAUAAUCUGAUUGAGUAUAGAGACUGACUAAAUAAGAGUUGAAGACACUCUCGAUGCAACCAUUUUAUCAUUGUGCCAAAAUUCACGUUUUGCCGUCGUUGCUUACAAUGAUUUAAUUCUAGAUUGUAUGUCCUAUGUAUUUUCUCUUUGUAUUAAAAGAAAAACAAUUUUUUGCACACGACGAUAUAAACAGUAUUCAUUUCGCCACUAAAUGAGUAGCUUUAAAUUAUGAAAUAAAAAAUAACACAUGCUGUA